AGACCUGACAGAGACCUGACAGUUAUUACUAGAGACCUGACAGAGACCUGGUCAGUUAUUACUAGAGACCUGACAGAGACCUGGUCAGUUAUUACUAGGGACCUGACAGAGACCUGGUCAGUUAUUACUAGAGACCUGACAGAGACCUGGUCAGUUAUUACUAGAGACCUGACAUAGACCUGGUCAGUUAUUACUAGAGACCUGACAGAGACCUGGUCAGUUAUUUCUAGGGACCUGACAGAGACCUGGUCAGUUAUUCCUAGAGACCUGACAGAGAGCUGGUCAGUUAUUACUAGAGACCUGACAGAGACCUGGUCAGUUAUUACUAGAGACCUGACAGAGACCUGGUCAGUUAUUACUAGAGACCUGACAGAGACCUGGUCAGUUAUUACUAGGGACCUGACAGAGACCUGGUCAGUUAUUACUAGAGACCUGACAGAGACCUGGUCAGUUAUUCCUAGAGACCUGACAGAGACCUGGUCAGUUAUUACUAGAGACCUGACAGAGACCUGGUCAGUUAUUACUAGAGACCUGACAGAGACCUGGUCAGUUAUUACUAGAGACCUGACAGACCUGGUCAGUUAUUACUAGGGACCUGACAUAGACCUGGUCAGUUAUUACUAGAGACCUGACAGAGACCUGGUCAGUUAUUACUAGAGACCUGACAGACCUGGUCAGUUAUCACUAGAGACCUGACAGAGACCUGGUCAGUUAUUACUAGAGACCUGACAGAGACCUGGUCAGUUAUUACUAGAGACCUGACAUAGACCUGGUCAGUUAUUACUAGAGACCUGACAUAGACCUGGUCAGUUAUUACUAGAGACCUGACAGAGACCUGGUCAGUUAUUACUAGAGACCUGACAGAGACCUGGUCAGUUAUUACUAGGGACCUGACAGAGACCUGGUCAGUUAUUACUAGAGACCUGACAGAGACCUGGUCAGUUAUUACUAGGGACCUGACAGAGACCUGGUUAGUUAUUACUAGAGACCUGACAGACCUGGUCAGUUAUUACUAGGGACUUGAAAGACCUGGUCAGUUAUUACUAGAGACCUGACAGACCUGGUCAGUUAUUACCAGGGACCUGACAUAGACCUGGUCAGUUAUUACUAGAGACCUGACAGAGACCUGGUCAGUUAUUACUAGAGACCUGACAGACCUGGUCAGUUAUUACUAGAGGCCUGACAGAGACCUGGUCAGUUAUUACUAGAGACCUGACAGAGACCUGGUCAGUUAUUACUAGAGACCUGACAUAGACCUGGUCAGUUAUUACUAGAGACCUGACAUAGACCUGGUCAGUUAUUACUAGAGACCUGACAGAGACCUGGUCAGUUAUUACCAGAGACCUGACAGACCUGGUCAGUUAUUACUAGGGACCUGACAUAGACCUGGUCAGUUAAUACUAGGGACCUGACAGAGACCUGGUCAGUUAUUACCAGAGACCUGACAGACCUGGUCAGUUAUUACUAGGGACCUGACAGAGACCUGGUCAGUUAAUACUAGAGACCUGACAGAGACCUGGUCAGUUAUUACUAGGGACCUGACAUAGACCUGGUCAGUUAUUACCAGAGACCUGACAGACCUGGUCAGUUAUUACUAGGGACCUGACAGAGACCUGGUCAGUUAUUACUAGAGACCUGACAGAGACCUGGUCAGUUAUUACUAGGGACCUGACAUAGACCUGGUCAGUUAUUACUAGGGACCUGACAGAGACCUGGUCAGUUAUUACUAGAGACCUGACAGAGACCUGGUCAGUUAUUACUAGGGACCUGACAUAGACCUGGUCAGUUAUUACCAGAGACCUGACAGACCUGGUCAGUUAUUACUAGGGACCUGACAGAGACCUGGUCAGUUAUUACUAGAGACCUGACAGAGACCUGGUCAGUUAUUACUAGGGACCUGACAUAGACCUGGUCAGUUAUUACUAGGGACCUGACAGAGACCUGGUCAGUUAUUACUAAAGACCUGACAGAGACCUGGUCAGUUAUUACUAGAGACCUGACAGAGACCUGGUCAGUUAUUACUAGGGACUUGACAGAUACCUGGUCAGUUAUUACUGGAGACCUGACAGAGACCUGGUCAGUUAUUACUAGGGACUUGAAAGACCUGGUCAGUUAUUACUAGAGACCUGACAGACCUGGUCAGUUAUUACCAGGGACCUGACAUAGACCUGGUCAGUUAUUACUAGAGACCUGACAGAGACCUGGUCAGUUAUUACUAGAGACCUGACAGACCUGGUCAGUUAUUACUAGAGGCCUGACAGAGACCUGGUCAGUUAUUACUAGAGACCUGACAGAGACCUGGUCAGUUAUUACUAGAGACCUGACAUAGACCUGGUCAGUUAUUACUAGAGACCUGACAUAGACCUGGUCAGUUAUUACUAGAGACCUGACAGAGACCUGGUCAGUUAUUACCAGAGACCUGACAGACCUGGUCAGUUAUUACUAGGGACCUGACAUAGACCUGGUCAGUUAAUACUAGGGACCUGACAGAGACCUGGUCAGUUAUUACCAGAGACCUGACAGACCUGGUCAGUUAUUACUAGGGACCUGACAGAGACCUGGUCAGUUAUUACUAGAGACCUGACAGAGACCUGGUCAGUUAUUACUAGGGACCUGACAUAGACCUGGUCAGUUAUUACCAGAGACCUGACAGACCUGGUCAGUUAUUACUAGGGACCUGACAGAGACCUGGUCAGUUAUUACUAGAGACCUGACAGAGACCUGGUCAGUUAUUACUAGGGACCUGACAUAGACCUGGUCAGUUAUUACUAGGGACCUGACAGAGACCUGGUCAGUUAUUACUAGAGACCUGACAGAGACCUGGUCAGUUAUUACUAGGGACCUGACAUAGACCUGGUCAGUUAUUACCAGAGACCUGACAGACCUGGUCAGUUAUUACUAGGGACCUGACAGAGACCUGGUCAGUUAUUACUAGAGACCUGACAGAGACCUGGUCAGUUAUUACUAGGGACCUGACAUAGACCUGGUCAGUUAUUACUAGGGACCUGACAGAGACCUGGUCAGUUAUUACUAAAGACCUGACAGAGACCUGGUCAGUUAUUACUAGAGACCUGACAGAGACCUGGUCAGUUAUUACUAGGGACUUGACAGAGACCUGGUCAGUUAUUACUGGAGACCUGACAGAGACCUGGUCAGUUAUUACUAGGGACUUGAAAGACCUGGUCAGUUAUUACUAGAGACCUGACAGAGACCUGGUCAGUUAUUACUAGAGACCUGACAGAGACCUGGUCAGUUAUUACUAGAGACCUGACAGAGACCUGGUCAGUUAUUACUAGAGACCUGACAGACCUGGUCAGUUAUUACUAGGGACCUGACAGAGACCUGGUCAGUUAUUACUAGAGACCUGACAGAGACCUGGUCAGUUAUUACUAGGGACCUGACAUAGACCUGGUCAGUUAUUACUAGGGACCUGACAGAGACCUGGUCAGUUAUUACUAGAGACCUGACAGAGACCUGGUCAGUUAUUACUAGGGACCUGACAGAGACCUGGUCAGUUAUUACUAGAGACCUGACAGAGACCUGGUCAGUUAUUACUAGAGACCUGACAGAGACCUGGUCAGUUAUUACUAGAGACCUGACAGAGACCUGGUCAGUUAUUACUAGAGACCUGACAGAGACCUGGUCAGUUAUUACUAGAGACCUGACAGAGACCUGGUCAGUUAUUACUAGAAACCUGACAGAGACCUGGUCAGUUAUUACUAGAGACCUGACAGAGACCUGGUCAGUUAUUACUAGAGACCUGACAGAGACCUGGUCAGUUAUUACUAGAGACCUGACAGAGACCUGGUCAGUUAUUACUAGAGACCUGACAGAGACCUGGUCAGUUAUUACUAGAGACCUGACAGAGACCUGGUCAGUUAUUACUAGAGACCUGACAUAGACCUGGUCAGUUAUUACUAGAGACCUGACAGAGUCCUGGUCAGUUAUUACUAGAGACCUGACAGAGACCUGGUCAGUUAUUACUAGAGACCUGACAUAGACCUGGUCAGUUAUUACUAGAGACCUGACAGAGACCUGGUCAGUUAUUACUAGAGACCUGACAGAGACCUGGUCAGUUAUUACUAGAGACCUGACAGAGACCUGGUCAGUUAUUACUAGGGACCUGACAGAGACCUGGUCAGUUAUUACUAGAGACCUGACAGAGACCUGGUCAGUUAUUACUAGAGACCUGACAGAGACCUGGUCAGUUAUUACUAGAGACCUGACAGAGACCUGGUCAGUUAUUACUAGAGACCUGACAGAGACCUGGUCAGUUAUUACUAGAGACCUGACAGAGACCUGGUCAGUUAUUACUAGAGACCUGACAGAGACCUGGUCAGUUAUUACUAGAGACCUGACAGAGACCUGGUCAGUUAUUACUAGAGACCUGACAGAGUCCUGGUCAGUUAUUACUAGAGACCUGACAGAGACCUGGUCAGUUAUUACUAGAGACCUGACAUAGACCUGGUCAGUUAUUACUAGAGACCUGACAGAGUCCUGGUCAGUUAUUACUAGAGACCUGACAGAGACCUGGUCAGUUAUUACUAGAGACCUGACAUAGACCUGGUCAGUUAUUACUAGGGACCUGACAGAGACCUGGUCAGUUAUUACUAGAGACCUGACAGAGACCUGGUCAGUUAUUACUAGGGACCUGACAGAGACCUGGUCAGUUAUUACUAGAGACCUGACAGAGACCUGGUCAGUUAUUACUAGAGACCUGACAGACCUG